AUGCUUUUCAGAGCACCCGCCCGCCUUGCCUCCCUUGCCUCCGUCGCUUCCAUCGCGUUUCCUCCUCUUCUUCCCGCCUCUACUCCUCACCUCCUGACCAGAUCGGCGCCUCUCCGAGCCUUCUCCCUUGCCCCACUCGCGCCGCUUGCCCCGCUUGCCCCACACACGCCGCCGCACGUCACGCCGCCAUCUCCCUGCCCCUCGCGCCUGCCGCACCGCGCAAUGGCCACGUCAUCCGCCGCCGAGAUCCCAGCGACGCAGCGCGCAGCUACAGUGCUCGCAUUCGAGGGGCCAACUCGCCUCACAGACAACCUGCGGCUCGUAGCAGACAAGCCCGUUCCUAGCCCCGGCCCAAACCAGGUUCUGGUUCGGAUGCAGCUUCGGCCCGUGAAUCCCGCGGACGGCUUCUGCGCCAUGGGCUACUAUCCGGGAUUCGCGCCGGCAAGCGCGCUUCCCGCAACGCUCGGGCUUGAGGGCAUGGGAGUCGUGGCGGCGCUGGGGGAAGCCGUAGCGCAAUCGGCGCCGGAUCUGGCGGUGGGGCGGCGCGUGGUGCCGCUGCUGGCGCUGGGCGCGCUGGAGGCGGGCAGCGGCGCGUGGCAGGAAUACAUGGCGGUGGACGCGGCGCAUGUGGCGGCGGUGCCCGCGGGGGUGCGCGACGAGGACGCGGCGCAACUGGCGGUGAAUCCGCUGACGGUGCUGGGCAUGCUGAACCAACUGAACGUUCCCAAGGGCGAGUACCUGGUGCAGACACAGGCGGGGUCGACGCUGGGGCGCAUGCUCAUCCAGGUGGCGCGCGCACGCGGCAUUAAGACAAUCAACGUCGUGCGCCGCGCCGCUCAGGCCGCCGAGCUCAAGGCGCUGGGCGGCGACGAGGUCAUUUGCUCCUCGGACGAGAGUGUGCCGGAGAGGGUGCGAGCCAUAACGGGCGGCAGAAUGGCGCAUGCAGCGGUGGAGAGCGUGGCGGGCGACCUCACGGGUGCAGUGCUCUCCUCUGUGCGUCCGGGCGGCACCGUGCUGCUCUUUGGAGGCGCCUCCGGAGCCACCUUCUCCGCCUCCAUUGGAGACUUCAUCUUCAGGGAUGUGACGCUCAAGGGCUUCUGGGUGGGGCCCUACUUGAAGGCGCUGGGCCACGAGCAGCGCCAGACUGUGGUGAAGGAGGCGUUUGAUCUGAUCGCCAAUGGCACCGUCACCCCCUUUACGGGUGACAAAAUGGACCUCUCAGAGUUUGCCGCUGCGCUCAAGAACCAGAUGGCGGAGAAUCGCCAAGGGAAGAUUCUUCUCUCUGUCGAUUUUUUAGUCGACUUAAAAAUCGACUUACUACACGUUUUCUCCGCUCUUGCACGUGAACUCAUUCUGCAUGCGCCAUCUCGUGCCUUCCCUUACUCCUGCUCCCGCGCCACUGCUCCGCUCCGCACCUCCUUCCUCCGCCCCUCCCGGUCUCCCGUUCCGUCCCCGGCAUUCCCGUUUUCCUCCCCCAAAACCCCCUCGUCCCGCCUCCUUCCCCUCCUCGACACACACCUUUUCCCCUGCUCCCCCCGUCCCUCGCCCCCUUCUCAUAGAGCUACUGCACAUGCGCAACGCGCUGCCGUAAUCGGUGGUGGUGCCGCGAGUGGACGAGCUGUUGUCGGCGCUGGGCAACUGCGUGAGCCGCAUGUGAUCUGCGUGGCACGCGUGGGAGCAGUGAUGAGCAUCAUUCAGUGGGUGAUCUCAUUUCCCUUUGCCCCGUGUGCUCCGUGUGCCUCCCCUCAUGCUGCUCUCCCUCGCCGCCACCAGGAGACGGAGGAGCUGACAGCGGACGUGCUGGGUGGAGGUGUUCCAGUAGAGAAUCGCCUCGUGCUCUCUUCCUCUGCCCCGUGUGUUUCCUGUGCCGCGUGUGCUUGCUGUGCCCUGUAUGUUCCGUGUGCCUCGGUGUGGCAGGAGACGGAGGAGCGGAUAGCGGACGUGUUGGGGUUGGAGGUGUUCCGGCAGACCAUCACCGGCAACAUCCUCAUGGGCAGCUACAGCUACAGCGUCUUCACCAACCGUGGCGGCCUGAUCACUUGCACUCCCGCUGCUGUCCCAUCGAUGUCAAGCACUGCAGUGCAGAGCCUCUCACUCGUUCCUGUGCUCACUUGCUAUUUCAUUGUUGGAGUGGCUCGCAUGUUGCAUGGUCGCCCUCUGCUCAUGCGUACAACCACCCAUGUGUGUGACCACUCGCCAUGCCACCAGAUCCACCUGCAAGAGGCGCCUCAGAAGUCCUCAGUGGAGGAUCUGGACAAGCUGUCAUUAUUGCUACAAGUGCCCCUGGUGGCCGGCACAGUGAACCGCGGCAGUGAGGUGGUGGGGGCGGGGCCUGUGGCGAAUGACUGUGUGGCAUUUGCAGGGUUUGACACGACGGCCACAGAGCUGUAUGUGAUUGACAGCGUGUUCAAGCUGAGAGAGAACGUGGCUCCCACUGUGGUGCAUGAAAUGUGUGCCCCGCUCAUUUACACUCUUGUAUGA